AUUGGUGGACAUUUUUAAAUGCCUCGAGGUUCUCUUUCAAACGAAUUUUGAAACACUUUUAUUUACAAAAUGGAACCCGACAAUGACCUCAAUAUUCGUGAAGAAAUUGUCCAAAUUGUCAUGCGUUUGGCAGAACUUUUUAAUAGGUUAUGUCACACUGAGGACGGCGAGAAUUUAUUUGUGGUAAUGUUGUGUUUUAUUCUUGUUUAAUUUGUAUCUACAUUGCCUUUUUUAUGCAAGCUUUGGGGGCAUAUAUUUUCCUUAUAAAUUUCGAAGCUGACUAUUCAAAGGUUGUAAAACUGAAUUCGAAGCUUGCUUUCAAGCUCAUACCGCAUCUGUUGUGCUCAAAAUGGCUAAUUCUUUUUCAUUUCUUUAUUUUUCAGCGAUGGCAGCCGAUAUGCCUUCGACAAGACGGCGAAAACAGGAGUAUAGUACGUUAUUUGGCCGACCACAUGCCUCAUGGUUUGGUUUUUGAUCCAUUUUUGUGCUACUACAGAACUUUAAUGGCGUCAGUUUUUACAAGGAAAAGUUUGAUAAGAGAAAUCGGGAGCAGGCUGCCAAUACAACCAAGCAAACGACCGUAUUUUUAUGUAAGAGUUGUAAAUGUACUAUCUGCUAUGUCCGCUAAAUUAUUAAGCCGCAAUGUGCCCUAUUUUGUUAUUUUAGGCCAACAAUCUUGGCCAAAACAUCUGCGACACUACCAAUUAUUUGACAAUAUUUUGUAAAUACCACAAAUUUAGAAAACCUCCCCCUUACCCUCACCAUUCGAUGUUGGUUGCAUACUUGAUUGUAAUACGUCCAACAUCGUUGUGGGAGGGGGGGAGGGGGGCGGAGCAAAUAAUUCUAUAAUAGUAAAAAAGUGCCACAGAGGAAUGUUUAAACAGGAACGCUCUGAGAGCGUUGCAGAUGGUUUUGAUCAUAGUUCCAAUGUCGUGCUUGUCAUGUGUCAAACCUAAUUUGAAGUGCUUUAAAUAUAAAGUGCAUGAUAAGCGUGACAAUUAAUCAAUUAAGUUGAAUGAGUACACCAAUAUAAUCCAUGGUGCUACGUUGAUUCAAAUGGAAAUGGGGCAAUAAACAGUAAAGUCUAUUGAAAUGUGUCUAACAUCCUGUAUUCAUUCCAGAUGCUUCACAAGCAAGCCACAGAGGUGCGUACGAGGGGAUUGAAGGAUAUCCAUGGCACACGGUUUGUCCACAGCACGCCCUGUCGAGAUACAAUCAGUCCUGGAAGCUGCUCCAUUGUAUGGGAUAGCAUGAACGAAAGUUGUCGAGAUAAUACUUAUCAAAACUCGAUGGUUGCAUCAGACGAUACUGUUAGAAAAAUCACUGCUUUAGAAGAUGAACUGAACAGAUUAAGGGCACAGAUUGCAGGAUUUGUGCUGAAGCAAGAUGAUUUGGAUACCACCACAAGUAUAUGCAUUUCAUUGUCCAUUAUUAAUAAAUCCUAUAAUUUAAGGAAGCUUGUACGUAGUAAAUUUAUUGAGUAACAUGCAUAAUAUUAUGCUAUAAUAAUAUUACAAAAACCGAAAUUCAAGAUAAUUUCUUUUACCCAAAAAGUGUCAUGUUCUUGUGUCAAAACAUUCAGGAAUGCAACUAUACAUUCCUAUAAAUGUCGUGAAAUCUACAAUUUGGAAAUGGCGAAAUAUGAUCUGCAGGAAGUUGUUUUGAAAUUAGUUAGUAACGAGUUUGACGUUUUAACGGCAGUAGGAAAAGGAAUGUAGUUGCAUUUCCUGAAAUUUUUUGACAUGAAAACAAGAUACAUUUUUUCUUUUGAUAAAUAAAUAAACAAUGUACAAAAGAUACAAACUUUAUGUAUUAAAUUAACUUGUAUAUAAUUUGUCACUGUAGGUAUGGUUGCACCCCCUGCUCCACCCCCAUUACCACCACCACCUCCUCCGUUACCUAAUACGACAACCACUACUGUGUUGCACACUCCCAGAAAGGUAAGACUCACAAAUAUUCAUCAAACAUCCAAAUUCUAUUUUCAAUUUCAAUUUCAAAUCUACUAAAUAAAGGUGACUGGCUUAAAAUAUAAUAAUAAUGGCAAUCAAUUCAAACGAAUGAGAAUAUUCAGGCAUUAUAGUUAUAAUAAAUGUUUUCUAAUGGAUUGAUAUAGAGAUCACCAAGACAGAUGAGAUUAGAGACUGUUAACCAUUAAUUAAUAUAAGAGACCAUGAUAAUAACCAUUAAUUAAUUUAAGAUACAUUGUGCUACUUUAUUAUUUUACUCUGUCUAAUUCCAGAUGAUUUUUCUCAUCAAGGGGAGAGUACUGUCACUCAAUUAAGGUUAACACUACCACUUGGGACAGAUAAUCUGAUUAACUUAUUGACACCCAAAUAACAUUUUCUGGUUGAUGAUUAAAAUGCGCACUGCAUGUAUGUUAAACAACAAAUUAUCAAUGACAAAUGUAUAAUUGGUUGAUCUUGAAAAAUUUCCGUCAGUGUACCACUUUAGGGGUACAAUAUACAAAAAAAGGGACGAAAAAAAUUUUUUUCGGACUUAUAUCAAAAAUUUUUUUCGGAAAUACACUUUUUUUAAACAAAAUAUUGCAAAUUUGUCCCCUUAUACCCAAAUUUUCAAAAAAUAACCUAAAUUUCUCCCUAUUUAUCAAAAUUUUUUCCAAAAAUUCAAAUUUUCUGGGGGGGCUAAGCCCCCCCACUUUUACUUCUGGGAGGCUUUAGCCCCCCUAGCCCCCCCUGUUCCGCCGCCCCUGACUCCAAGGGGAGAUCGAAUGGGAACAAUUGACUGAAUUGUUAUUUUUUUCUGUCAAUUUAUUAAAGAACACUGGAAAAGCUUCAGCUGCAGUGGCUAAGAAUGGAAAUGUAUUAGAUAUGACAGCAAUACUGAAAGAUCUUAAUCAAGUCAAGUUAAAAGCAGUCGAAAGGUAAUUUGAUAAUAUGGUUAUUAUAAUUAUUAAUACUGAGCCUUAAUUUCCAUAAUUAUAGAAACCCUCGCUCUCUGUUUGGAUCGCCAAUUACUCAUGGACUCUUGUGUGCUCUCAUCAACUUUGAGCUGAUUGAUGAGAACUUGGCUAGACUGUGAGCAGUCCCUCUUUUGUGGGUUUAGCUUUCCGGACAUGCGAGGGGAAAGGAGGGACUGCUGACUCAAGAAACAAAGUUGGCUCCUGUGACCUUAAAUGUGUUCAUUUAUAAAAUCAACAUUCGAUCAGUUCUGGAAAUUAUUUACAGCAUAGUUACUACAUAUCAGAUUUGAUUGACAGGCACAUCAAUUUUGAUCAAUGGGAAUUUUGUGUUGUGUGGACAAUGCAUGUUUUGUUUCAUGAGUAGGUUUAGCAGAAAAAUAGUGAUAUCCGGUUAAUCCGGUAAACAUGAUAUGUUUAUGUUCUUCAUUGUUUUGAAAAUCCCUCUGUUCAACAUACUAUCCAAUCGAUUCCAAUUUUUUCAUAUUGAUUUUGUUAAGGUCACCAGGUGGUACGCCGAUUAGAAGAGCGCCACGAAAAACGAAAGGGACAGAUCCUGCAUCCAUAAUUGCCGAUGCACUGAAAAGCAAGUUUGCAAAGUCAAGAAUGGCAAUUGCAUCACCUGGUAUGAACUAUUUUAAGGCUCGUUUACACUUGCAAUUUCUGCUGCGGUUUUUUUCUCCUGAUGUAUGUGAACGAAUGGAUGAGUUGGGAAUGUUUAAUAGAUGAGGGUACAUGCGCUGAGACUCUGAGAGCAUGCAUAACUAAUAUUAACUCGUUCACAUCCAUCAGAAUAAGAAAAUCUCACUGAAGAAGAAAAUCACAGCAAAAAAUUAAUUAACAUUCUGAUAAUUAUUCCAACAUUUAAAUUGGAUUGAUUAAUCAACAUUCUAAUAUUCUAACGUUUAAAUUUCCUUAAAAAACAAUUUGAAGAUCGACUUAAUCGUGAAGUGUUGAUUACAGCUGAUUUACUAAUAAAGAAUAUUAAGUCUUCAAAUGACUUUGUUAAGGAAAUUUAAACGCUGAAUAUUAGAAGGUUGAUUAUUAUGUCAAUAUAGUUCCUUAUUGUGUUAAUAUGAUGGCAAGUGAAUUUUAACAUUCCGGGCAACUAAUUGACCAUUUGCAUAAUAGACUAAAUUUUGAUCACAACAGAAAUAUCAUCACAGCUUGAAAGAGCAUCACAAAAUUAGUAAUAUUCCAAAGUUUCGUUGCGAAAUGUUGUAAAAUGCGGAAAAUAUGGCCUUGCGAAGUUUGCAAUUUUCAGUCAUUUUAGAUUACAAAUGGAAAAUUGACAGCCCCAAACCCUCUGAGGCUGUCAAUUUCCCGUUUGUAAUCUAAAAUGACUGAAAAUUGCAAACUUCGCAAGGCUAUAUUUUCCGAAUUUUACAACAUUUCGCAACGAAACUUUGGAAUAUUACUAAUUUUGUGAUGCUCUUUCAAGCUGUGAUGAAAUUUUUGUCUACUUGUCUAGAUAAAAAAUUUAGUCUAUUACGCAAAUGGUGAAUUUUCAUACAUUCUAACUUGCCAUGAAUUCGCGAGUGAUUAGGAUAGUCAAGUUACAGUGUACUGUACACCACUGAAUCCAUACAGUAUAUUAAGUGAAGUUUGAAUUUAGUUAAUUGUGUCCUUCGUGAGCCAUUAGUUUUAGACUACAUGACAUGUAUGUUUGGAGUUGAUAGCCAUUUGGUUGAGCUUCAGAUGAUAGCUUAUUCCGAGCUAUCCAGUAUAAAUAUUUCCUAACUCCUAAGUUCAUUUUUGUUCAAUUUCGUUUUUGCAGACAAAGAGAACCUCCAUAGCAAUAGUCCAGGAAACUCGUUUAGUAAUACGCCAAGUCCUCAGCUGUACCUCAGAAAGCCACUUGAAAAUAAGGUAGGUUGGAACAUGUAAUCACUUUGAGUAUUCCAGUAAGCGUUUGGUCGGUUUGGACAAAAGACGAAAAGUGCCAUCCAGUCACGACCAGUGAUCGGAAUGUUCCAUUGUCUUUUCUUUCAUUGUUUUGAAAAUCCUAUUGUUCUCCAUCUCAUCCUGUCACGAUCCAGUGAUCGGAAUGUUCCAUUGUCUUUUUAUUGUUUUGAAAAUCCUAUUGUUCUCCAUCUCAUCCUGUCACCAUCACUGGUCACCAUCCAGUAAUCGGAAUGUUCCUGAUUGUCUUUUCAUUGUUUUGAAAAUCAUAUUGUUCUCCAUGUCAUCCUGUCACCAUCCAGUAAUCGGAAUGUUCCAUUUGAAAAUCCUAUAACAUCCAUAUGGCGGCCAUUUCGGUGGCGAAUUACGAAUAUUUCUGUCUUAUUUUCGCUUUUACACACAUCUGAAAUUAGUCAGGAUACAGAAUAUGAAUACGAAUUGUUUGUAAGCCACCGCUAUUUCUGCAAGUUUCAAGUAUUUUCCAGAUUUUUCUUCGGUUUUUCGUCUUUUUGUCAAAAGAAAAAUCGAUUGAAUCGUUUUUUUAAAAAAAUCGUUUUUUCCCGGUUUUAUCGAUUAACCGCCCGACCCUAUGGCCAUGCUUUUGGCUUAAGAGUUAAGGUCAUGCUUUUAGCGCGGUGCAAGCUGUUUUAUGGGAAGGAGUUUUCAUUUACUGAUUAUAGUAAGGCUUAAAUUUGUAAUGCUAUACUGGGAAAAAUAAUCACAUUUUUAGGGGUACAUGUAGGCCGUUACUGGGCUUUGCUUUAAGCUGAAUAAUUUGACCGGCCAGAAAUGUCCGACGGUCCGAGCUAAAAUUGAUUUGGCCGGUCACCUUGAUCGCGGCUACACUCCAGCCGUUAUUAAACCUAUACUCAUUCUGUGUUUUGCUUCUUCUCAAGGGGAACGGAAGGCAGUCACCUCGUAUUGAGAUCAAAACGCAUGCCAUUCCAUUGCGGGUGUAAGACGGCCCUCAGGACGCUGAUGUCUCCAAAUUAUGUGCAAGCCCUCUCCUCAGCGUGCAAGUGAAAAAGAAUAAAUGGCAAACUGACUUGUAAAUAUAACUGAACCACUGUGGAGACGUACGAUUUUAUCCCAUAGUAUACAAUAAAAUAUUCACUGUAUAUUCUUUCAUACGUUGGUAGUACGACCUUGAUUUGACCUUCAAAAUAUUACUUAAAUUAAAGGACAUUGGCA